AUGGCGCUGAAGCGGAUCCAGAAGGAGCUACAGGACCUGGGGAACGACCCGCCGGCGAAUUGCUCGGCGGGGCCGGUCGGAGACGACAUGUUCAACUGGCAGGCGACCAUCAUGGGCCCACCCGACUGUCCCUACUCCGGCGGUGUGUUCUUCCUGAACAUCAACUUCCCAUCCGACUACCCCUUCAAGCCGCCGAAGGUGCACUUCACCACGAAGAUCUACCAUUGUAACGUGAAUUCGAACGGGGCUAUCUGCCUUGACAUCUUGAAGGAUCAGUGGAGUCCAGCAUUGACCAUAUCGAAGGUCUUGCUGUCCAUCUCGUCUUUGCUGACAGACCCGAACCCCAACGACCCGCUAGUGCCGGAGAUUGCCCAGGUCUACCUGAAGGACCGGGCCAAGCAUGAUACCACGGCGCGCGAGUGGGUCCAGAAGUACGCACUGCGCCUCUCAGUCACGCAGCGCCUGCAGCAGGCUGCCUCCGAGGUAGACCUGGCUAAGGCAACGGCGGAGGCAGCCAGCAUGGAGGCCCGGCACCUGCAAGAGAUGGUCAUGCGGGCGAAGGUGAACCAAACCUCCAGCCUGUCCGAGUGGGAGGGAUUCCAAGCUGACGUUCGUGGCCUGCUGGUCGAUGGGCCCAGUGGGCCUGGGCCACCACUGCCGACGAUGCCCACUGUCCAGGACUCUGAGGCAUAUGCUGAGAUGGCCGAAGCCCUCGAUGAGAUAAAGAGAUGGCGCCUUCACGGAACGCCACCGAAGAAUGGGUCCGCUUUGCAGAAGAGUCUCAAGGCUCGAAUUGAGGAUGUGGAGCGGCAGCUCCUGGCUGCACGAGCCAUCCGCGAGCGCGGCCAGAAAGAGGGUGGCAGUGUGAUGGCCGGAAUUGCAGCGGCUGCUGUGUCAGCUGCCCGCACGGCAUGCAGCGAAGAUCGCUUAGCGGAGCUUGAGGAAGACCUCCAAAGCACGAGGGAUGUGAAAGCAGCUGCAGAGGCAUUGAUGAGCGAGAUUGCGGCUCAUGCAGGCAAACCGAGCGAUUCCGCAGGUGAACUGAUCGAGGCCCCAGAUGAUCAUGCAGACGGCAGCCACGAGCCACGGUGCCGGCAGGCGGCAGCCGAUGGUCUGCAAAAGCCUGGGCCGAACCCCAGCGAGGAGGCAGUGAGGAGUUUCACCGCUGAGUUGCUUGAAGCAUUGGCUGCAUGCCGUAUGGAAAUGGAGCUGGUGAGGCCUGCUUGUGAUUGA